AUGCGAAACAAGGUAACCGUAGUCGGCGCGGGCAACGUCGGCGCUACCACCGCACAGCGGAUACACCAACUUGGCUACGCCGACGUGGUGAUGGUCGACGUGGUUGAGGACCUGCCGCAGGGCAAGUCGCUGGAUAUGCUGGAGUCGGGGCCGGUCAUCGGCACGGACGCCCUGAUCACCGGGAGCAACGGCUACGAAGAGUCGGCGAACUCCGACGUGGUGGUCAUCACCGCCGGGAUCGCGCGCCGGCCCGGAAUGAGCCGCGACGACCUGCUGCUGACCAACAUGCGCAUCACAACGUCGGUCACCGAGCAGGUGGUGAGGCAUUCGCCGAACUGCAUCAUCAUACCGGUCACCAAUCCCCUGGAUGCCAUGGUGCAGAACAUCUACGAGUCCAGCGGUUUUCCUCGUGAGCGCGUCUUCGGAAUGGCCGGAGUGCUGGAUACUGCCCGCUUCCGUACCUUCAUCUCCCAGGAACUGAACGUGUCGGUCGAGGACGUUCAGGCGUACGUGCUGGGCGGCCACGGCGACGACAUGGUGCCGCUGGUCCGCUACACCACCGUCGGCGGCAUCCCCAUCAGCGAACUGAUGGCCGAGGAGAAGGUGGAGCAGCUCGUCCGGCGAACCCGGCAGGGCGGCGGCGAGAUCGUGCAGCUACUGAAGGAGGGCAGCGCCUACUAUGCUCCGUCUGCGGCGAUCACCCAGAUGGUCGAGGCAGUGCUGCUGGACAAGAAGCGCAUCCUGCCGGCAUGUGCGUACCUGCAGGGCGAAUACGGCAUCAACGGCCUGUGCGUCGGCGUGCCCGUCAAGCUGGGUGCGGGCGGCAUGGAGCAGGUCAUCGAGAUCCGCCUCACUGCUGAGGAGCAGGCGGCCCUCCAGGGAUCCGCUGCCAGUGUUCAGGAACUGGUGGAGGUCAUGAACCAGGCGAGGGCUGGGGCGUAG